UGACAAUCUCUGUAAUAGAAGAUCUCUGUUGCAAAGCGACACUUCCUGGUUGGCGGUUUGUGUGCCGCCAAACUUUGAGCGGCAACAACAACAAAGAAGCCAACGUUUUACCCGGCGCCGCUUUCCCUUCCCAGUCUUAGUUUAGUCCUACCAGAGACAUUUUAAUCCAAAUAUAACAUGUCUUUAACCCCCAAAAGGCCUCGUUCGGAUCAAAUGAACGAUUCUAUGGAGAAGAGGAUAAAGCGGAUCUCAAUCGAGGGAAAUAUCGCUGCCGGUAAGUCGACAUUUGUCCGCCUUCUGGCUCAGGAGUGCUCGAACUGGGACGUAGUACCGGAGCCUAUCGCCAGGUGGUGCAACGUGCAAGCAAGCGGCGAUGACUUCGAGGAGCUGACAUCGUCCCAGAAGUGCGGCGGCAACGUGCUGAAGAUGAUGUACGACAAGCCCGAGAGGUGGGCGUACACCUUCCAGAGCUACGCCUGCAUCAGCCGCGUCCGCGCACAGAUGCGCUCGGCCAACGGGAAGCUGCGCGAGGCGGAGGAUCCCGUGCAAUUUUUUGAGCGAUCCAUCUACAGCGACAGGUACAUUUUUGCGGCCAACCUGUACGAGAGCGAGUGUCUCAACGAGACGGAGUGGUCCAUCUACCAGGACUGGCACGGCUGGCUGCACAGCCAGUUUGGCCAGCACAUCCAGCUGGAUGGAAUCAUCUACCUGAGAGCCCCACCUGAGAAAUGUCUUGAGCGUUUGCACCUGCGAGGUCGCGAGGAAGAGCAGGACAUCCCACUGGAGUAUCUGGAGAAGCUCCACUUCAAGCACGAGAGCUGGCUGCAGCACAAGACCAUGACGAUGGACUUUGAGUACCUCAACGACGUGCCGGUUCUGACGCUGGACGUGAGCGAAGAGUUCAAAGGCAAUGAGAGCAAGAGUGCCGACAUGCUGGAGAAGGUGAAAGAGUUCCUGACCACCUUAUGAGGACCACUAAAGAAGAUGGGAACAAAGCACUAUUUUUCAUUUUAACUAUGAAAUUACCUUGUUUUAUUUUUUCAUGAUUACUUGUUGCAAUGACAUUUUUCUAUUUUUUAGCAUGAACUCCUCUGUGUAUAUUUUAAAAGCAAUGCUGUGUGUGUGUGACAAUGAAAUAAAUUUAAACGACAACAAUUUGUUUUCGGGAAGACAAUACAGACCUUUUGUCAACUUUGACCCACUGCUGUUGCUUUGAUAUCGCUCAACAUUUGAUUCAGAGCUGAUCUCAUACCCUUCUUACCAUGCAGAAACUUACCGGAAACAAUUUGGUAAAAAUUCAAAAAAAGAAAAUAUUUAUUAAAGUAAAAUAUUGCUCAUUAUAAAAUAUUUUUCCAAUGAUAAUAAUAGUCAAUAAAUAAUUCUUACAGUAUAGAUUAGGGAGGGUAUGGCGAAGCCACGCCCCCUCCAGCUCCAUGCGGACCUGAGUGACGUGUCAACAGCCUGUAUUCACGUCCGCUUUCCCACAAUAUAAACAGCGUGCCUACCCAAACACGUUAUAACUAGAAUGAUCGAGGGCGAGUUCUUGGUUUCUUAUGUGGGUUUAUUGUUAGGCAGUUUUAUUAACGUCCUCCCAGCGCGGUAACACACAACAACAGCAGUCAUGUUUUAUUCUACCGUAAAGCAGUUCGUCUGCCGUAAACAGCAAUGUUGUUGUAAUAUAUUGAGUUGGAGGCAAUAACCAGGUGAGGUGAUGAAGUACGUCUCUUUACUGUAGACUUCAGAACAGACUCACACACUUGACGUCAGGUGCGCAACACCACGUAAAUCGUUGGCCAACCAAAAAGUAACCCCAGUACGCUAUAGCCAUCAUUCACCAGGAGAUGGCAACAGACAAACAUAGAUCACUCUAUUACAUUCCUCCCCUUUUAGAAAUGUAGAAGUUACUCAAAAUAAAUAAACAACCCAACCAAAAAAUGCAGCAGCUCAA